GACAUCGAGGCCGCGGCGUCGGCGCUUGGUGUUUGCGUCAUUUCCGGUGGUGCGGAACAGACUGGCCAACGGCCUGCCGAACAACAUGCCCAAGUUUUAUUGUGACUACUGCGAUACAUACCUCACCCAUGACUCUCCAUCUGUGAGAAAGACACACUGCAGUGGCAGGAAACAUAAAGAGAAUGUGAAAGACUACUAUCAGAAAUGGAUGGAGGAGCAGGCUCAGAGCCUGAUCGACAAAACAACCGCAGCAUUUCAGCAAGGCAAGAUACCUCCCACUCCGUUCUCUGCUCCUCCUCCUGCAGGGGCAAUGAUUCCUCCUCCCCCCAGUCUUCCGGGUCCUCCUCGCCCUGGCAUGAUGCCAGCACCCCAUAUGGGGGGCCCUCCCAUGAUGCCAAUGAUGGGUCCUCCUCCUCCUGGAAUGAUGCCAGUGGGACCUGCUCCUGGAAUGAGGCCACCUAUGGGAGGGCACAUGCCCAUGAUGCCUGGGCCCCCGAUGAUGAGACCUCCUGCCCGUCCCAUGAUGGUGCCCACUCGGCCAGGAAUGACUCGACCAGACAGAUAAGGAGAGAGGGGAGCCUCUUUCUGUCAGUUUUAUAUUACUUGUUCUAGUUCACCAGGAGAGUGUGGUGCUGCAACUCUGGGUGUUUUCUAACAGCGUGGCAAGGAAGACUCACUCCCUCUUCCUAUCAAAGAAAGAAUAGUUUUGGAGGGGAGUAAUGGGACAAAAAAAAUUUUCAUUUGUAUUGUGAAAUGUGAAAAUAAAAUUGUAAACUCUGUUAGCUAAAAAUGUGUUCCCUUUUUUUCCCUUCUUAUUUGUUAGUUAUAAAGGAGAUGAACUAUUUCAGUUGUGUUUCGCUAGCUUGUUCUCUCUUCAGCAUGCCCUCUGCAUGACAUUCUUUUUCCUUAGGUAUAGAGUGGGUCCCUUUGGGCACCCUGCCUUUAUUUAGUAAACUUCUCUUGUACAAGACUUUGGUAAAUAUAACACUUGUAAAGCUUUUGUUAAUUGAAAUAAUAAACAGCACAAUUGGUUAA